AAAGAUACCUUAAAUUUUUUUUCAAAAAAAAUGUAUUUUUAUGAGGAUUUUAGUGUAAAAAGGUUAUUAUUACAUCUCCGUUAGAGUACAUAAAAAAACUCUACGAUGGAGAGCAAUGACGUAUGAUCCGCGAGUGAGUAAGUGAAACCAUACUAUAAGGUUCGCCUGAUUUGAUGUAUGAAGACAUAAAAGAUGAAUUUUACUUCUUAACUAUAAUUGUACAUUUUGUCUUUACUACUCAAAAUGCCAAGUUGCCUGGCAUAUGGAUGUUCGCAAACCACUGGGAGAGUAACUGCUAAAAAAAGUUUUUUCAUGAUCCCAAAGCCAGUGAAUACAACUGAGAAACUUCGCGCAGCACAAUGGUUGCAUAAUAUUGGUACUGGAUUGAAUGUAGAAACAUUUCCAUUUGGGAAAAAUAAAGUUGUAUGUGAAGACCACUUCCAUCCUGACUGCAUAAAAGAUGAUUUAAAAGGACGUCUAACGGGGAUACCAUCGAAACGGAAAGAGCUACUUUGUGGAGCAGUUCCAACUAUUUUUAAACACAAAACUUACGAAUUUAUUAACAUGGAUGGCACUACCGUAUUAAAACGUGAUUCAUCUUUAAAAAGAAAAAUGCAGGAAGAAUGCCUACAUACCGUAAAGAAGUUACUUAGUGAAAACAAAGAAACCACACUUUCACAGACAUUACCGACAUCAUCAUGCGUCACGGAAAAUUCAAGUACAAACCAACUUGGGCUAACAAUUGAUCUUUGUUCUAAUGAAAAUGAGUCUAUUGAACAGCGUUUCAAAGACAUUGGAAUUCAGUGUUGUAUUAGAAACGCCGUUUCAAAUGUUGCAGCUCAAACAGGAUGUGAAGAAAGAAAUGAUUUUAGCGCCCAAUUCCCAGAGAUAUAUUCACCAGAUACCUGUCAACUGGACCCCACUUACAAAUUAAAGGUUAAAGCUACGUCAACUCCCAAAAAGAACAUUUUUGAAGUAAAUAAUGUAAACAUUUUGGAAACUACCACAGAUAUAUCUAUCACUUCUCUAUCGCUUACAGCAGACAGUAGUCAGUUAGAAGACGCCAUUGAGGAGGAUAAAGAAUAUGUGCCUGGUAAUUGCUCAAAUGAAGACGACAUGGAGGAGGAUGAAAUAGAUCUUAUAAAAGCAAAAAAGUUUGUAGUUUACGAAAGCAUGUUGGAACAACUAUUUAGUUUUGUUCGAUGUCCUGAAUGCAACUCCUCAGUCACCGUUGAAAAAAGCCAUGUCGGCACAAGUAUGCAUUGUAAAUUCACAUGUUUGCUGCACACUCAUGUCUUCAAAUGGAAUACCCAGCCUCUACUCGGGAAACUACCAGCAUUUAAUUUGCUAUUGUCUGCGACAAUUUUCUUUUCUGGUGAAACAUAUGAUAGGAUACGAAAGCCAUUAGAAUUUGCUGGAAUGAAUUUCAUCAAUCACACAACAUUUUAUUCUAUACAGAGAACACUUGUUAUUCCCACUGUCAACAAACAAUUCCAAGAAUGCAUCAAAGAAGCGCGUCUUGAAUCAAAUGGUACGGACAACGCCAUUCUUGGUGAUGGAAGAUUUGAUUCACCUGGUAAAUCAGCAAAAUAUUGUACUUAUUCGUGCCAGUCUCCUACAACAAAAAAAAUCAUUGCCACCUCAACUAUACAAGUUUCUAAAGGAAAAGGUUCGGCACCACUCGAAUUACAGGGCUUCAAGAACUGUCUUGCUGAAUUAGAGGAAGAUGGAUACAAAGUUAAUACUGUAGCUACCGACCGCAAUAGGCAACUUGCAAAAUGGCUGCGUGUAGAAAGGAACGAUAUCAGCCAUAAAUUUGAUCCAUGGCAUUUUGCGAAAAACAUUAAAUCAAAACUGAGACCACUUGGCCUAAGAAAGGGAUGUAAAAUUCUGCAGGAAUGGAUCAAACCCGUCGGUAAUCACCUAUUUUGGUGUGCUGAAAAUUGUGAUGGAGAUGCAGAAAAGUUAGUGGACAUGUGGAAAUCAUUGUUACACCACGUGACAAACCGUCACAAAUUCAAAUGCUACAAAAAAUAUAAGCGUUGUGCUCAUAAAAGUUACACUAAAGAACAAGUAAGACGAAAAAAGUGGAUCGAAAAGGAUAGUCCUGCUUAUAAUAACCUGGAGAAGGUGAUAAUGGAUGCGAAAAACCUAAAUGACAUGGUACAUUUGACGAAACCUUAUCACACUGGAAGUUUGGAAGUAUUCCAUUCCCUGAUAAAUUGUUAUGCACCCAAACGCCAAGAAUUUGAAUUGAACGUGAUGGCCUCGCGGGUAAAUUUAGCUAUUCUCGAUCACAACUGUAACGUAGACAGAAAGCAGGCUGUUAUCACUAAGGAGAGAAGUGGUUGCGGCGCUUUGGGCGAGAAGAGAUGGCGAUAUUUAUCAAGUAAACUUUCAAAGGAGUGGAUUGCGAAGCCAGUCAUGGAAGCAAAAUCUCAUGAUUUUAUUGAAAAGUUGCUUAUGGAGGUAGUGCAACGAAAACUAGAUGGCCAAAACAUCUACAAGAAAGUAGAAAAUAUAGAAGGCAGAUUUGACACUCCAAGGAAUAUUGCGUAUACAGAUCGUCCAGAAAAAUUGAGUAUACUUGAAAAAAAUAAAAAAGUAAAACGAUUUUCUAAGUAGAUUUGAUUUGUUUGUUAUACACUUUUUUUUAUAAGAACAAGGAAAUUUGGCUUGUAUAUUUUCUGUAUAUUUUCCAUCUUUUUCUGGGAAACUUUCACGAAUUUUUUUCACAACGCAUGCCGGUAUAACAACUCUACAUCCUUUUCCCAGUGUUUCAUAGUAAUGCACCCAAGCCGUAUAUUGUCUGUAUGCUGAAAAGCGUAGUUGUCUAAAAAGAAUAUAAUAUGUUUUGUUGUUGUGGAACCUAGGCGUUACAAAAUGUUGUAUAUAUAUUUUUAAAUAUUCUUUGACUCACAUUCAGUAAACGAACUUUUAUGUAGAUAAAGAACGCAUUUUUUUUUCGCAUAUGAAGUAAUAUUUUAUAUUUGUUUUGAAAGGUAGAAUAAUAAGCUUACUUGUUUUGAAAA